AUGGCUCGCGGACAAAAAAAACCGGAAAUUACUGAAAGAAGAAAUGGAGUCCAAAAUUAUAUUAAAUUUAUGAGAGACUUCUAUCCUCACGAAUCGCCAUUUCCUGUCCAAGAGGAUUGUUUGAAAAAGUACAUUGAUUACAAAGUUAAAGCGGGUAAAUUGCAAACCCAAUAUUUGACAUUGUACGUAACGAACAUUAAGGCUCAUAACGAAGCUCUCGGAUUUGGUUGGGCUUUUGGUGCUAGUAUAAAAGAAGCUUUGGCAGUCGCUUCUUCUAACUUGGGUGCUAUCCCACUCCGAGUUAAUGCUUCGAACGUUAUUUCUCUUCCAACCGACAUUAAUUCUUCUAACUUGGACAUCUCACUCCAGGGUGAGGAUUCUUUUAAUGCUUUAUGCAACUCACAACAAGGACUAUCCUACGAUCAGAAUUCCCCUGGCUUUACCUUUCAGGAUGUCCCAACUGAUAAUGCUUUAAAUAUGCAAGCAAAUGUUACUUUGAAUGACGAUUUUCCUUAUAAUAUGAGUCCUUGCGAUGCACAUUCCCUUCUCCCACCCGGAAUUAAUGCUCCAAAUAUCAUUCCCUUACAUACUGAAGUUAAUCCUUCUAACUUGGAUGCCUCCUCACUCCAGGGUUCCGAUUCUUUGUGUAACUCAACUGAUAAUAUACAAUCAAAUAUCACACAGAAUGACGAUCUGAGCCCUUGUGAUGCACGUCCCUUUCUUCCAGCUGGAAUUACUGCGUCAAACAUCGUUCCUCUUCCCACUGAUAUUAACUCUUACAUCCAACCGACGCACUUACGAUCUAAUCAAUUUUAUACACAACGCAACAAUUUUCCUACUGUUCCAACUGAUAAUACUUAUUUUAAUGACAAUUUUCUUUAUAAUAUGAGUCCUUGCGAUGCACAUUCCCGUCUCCCACCCGAAAUUAAUGCUCCAAACGUCAUUCCCUUACAUACUGACGUUAAUCCUUCUAACUUGGAUGCCUCCUCACUCCAGGGUUCUGAUUCUUUGUGUAAUUCAACUGAUAAUCAUAUACAAGCAUAUAUCACACAGAAUGACGAUCUGAGCCCUUGUGAUGCACGUCCCUUUCUUCCAGCUGGAAUUACUGCGUCAAACAUCGUUCCUCUUCCCACUGAUAUUAACUCUUACAUCCAACCGACGCACUUAAGAUCUAAUCAAUUUUAUACACAACGCAACAAUUUUCCUACUGUUCCAACUGAUAAUACUUAUUUUAAAGUAAAAACAAAUGUCACACAAAAUAUCAACAUUCCUUAUAAUCUGAGUACCCGUGAUGCACGUCCCUUUCAUCCACCUAGAAUUAAUGUUCCAAAUAAUAUUCCACUUCAUAUUGAUACUCAAAGUACCUGCAUCAUACCAAACAAUAACUUUAUUUAUAGUCAGAGUUUCCCUGAUGCUCAUCUCUCUCUCCAACCUGAAAUUAACGUAAAUUUUCAAAAUAGUUUUUUUAACCGAUUACAUAAUCCUAAUAUUGAUGUGCAAGAAUUAGAAAAGCAAAAUUUUAUUUCUACCACAUGGAAACGAAUUUCUGACGCACAAAGAGAAAUUGCUUAUUUAUAUUAUUUAAUCAAGCGUAUCAGAUAG